AUGCGACUAUUUGUCAUCAUUCGAUCCAUUUUCUUCACGGUUCUUCUAGCCGCCAGUUGGAUGUUGGUGUUCAAUUCUCAACUUUGCAUUAAUUAUGUUCCACACCAAUUGGAAGAUUGCGAACAAGUUGUUGAAUCGAUUUCUAAAAUCAAUCAUGAUGAGUUGAAUGUUUCAGAAAAGAUAAACUCUAAUCGAGCCACCCGAUCAGGUGAUGAAAAAACAAACGAGUUUGGGAAUUCCUCUUUGCUCAACUCCACGAAUUCUGAUAAAAUGCAGUCGGGAAAUGUCACAAUGGUUGACAAAUGGCACAAUCUUCAUAAGAACGAUGAGAGUAUCACAAUCAAUGUGAAGUCAUGUUUUGAUUUUUCCGUUGGGGAUAUUAUAAGUGGUUCGAAGUUGGAAUACUCGAGUGUUUUAACUCCACUUCGACUUAUUCUUAUUCUUAUCGUCACUUCUUUCCUAGUUGCAAUUCUGGAUCUGAGUGCGAGAAUGAUUGUUCAUCCUCUUUCAAUGAUUCAAUGUGUCGGUCACAGUUUCAUCCAAUUCGUACUUUGGGGUACAAUUCUGGUGAAGAUAGAAAUGUAUAGAAGAGGAUGGAUUAUGAGUUGGUUGACAGCCAAUCAACCCUCAACAGAAAUUCCAAUGUAUCCAACGGAAUGGGCCACUUUCGAGUUGUUUGCAUUCUUCAUCAUGCUUCUUUCGAUUACCGAUUCUUUGUUCUUCAAACAUUUGUUGAAGAAAGUUAAACUUGUGAAAAGUGAAGGAGUCUAUAGAUGUAUUGAUCAGGAUAGUACUUGA